AUGGCGAGCUUUGCGUACGGGUCCUUCGCGCGGGCGUUGCCCCACAGGGCUCAUGGGGAGGACCCCCUCCUGCUGCGCGCCCUACGGGGGGAGUCGGUCUCCCGCCCCCCCGUCUGGCUCAUGCGCCAGGCAGGGCGGUACAUGAAGGUGUACCAGGACCUGUGCAAGCAGCACACCACGUUCCGGGAGCGGUCCGAGAACGCCGACCUGGCGGUGGAGAUCAGCCUGCAGCCGUGGCGCGCUUUCCAGCCCGACGGCGUCAUCCUCUUCUCCGACAUCCUCACCCCCAUCUCUGGCAUGGGCAUCCCCUUUGACAUCACGGCGGGGAAGGGGCCGAUCAUCCCCGACCCCAUCCGGACGCAGCAGCAAGUGGAUGCGCUGCGGGAGCUGGUGCCCGAGGAGGCGGUGCCCUUCGUGGGCGAGGCGCUGCGCACGCUGCGCGCCGAGGUGGGCAGUGCCUCCGCCGUGCUGGGCUUCGUGGGCGCGCCCUUCACCCUGGCAACCUACAUCGUGGAAGGUGGCAUGUCCAAGAACUACACGCACAUCAAGAAGCUGAUGUUUUCCGAGCCGGCGGUGCUGCACGGCCUCUUGCAGCGCCUGGCCGACGCCGUCGUCACCUACAUUGGCUACCAGGCCGACAAUGGGGCUCAGACGGUUCAGAUCUUUGACUCGUGGGCUGCCAACCUGAGCCCACGCGAUUUCGAUGUGUUUGCUGGUCCAUACCUGCACUACAUCAUCAAGAAGGCCAAGGAGGCAAGCUCAAGGGCCCACCCGGACCUGCCCAUCAUCCUCUACAUCUCCGGCAGCGGCGCGCUGGUGGAGCGCAUGGCCGCCUGCGGCCCCGACAUCCUUUCUCUCUGCCACUCGGUGGACCUGGAGGAGGGCGUGCGCCGCGCGGGCACCAACUUUGCGUACCAGGGCAACAUCGACUCCGGCGUGCUGUUUGGCAGCCGCGAGGCCAUCACCAGUCGCGUACGCGAGACGGCGCAGCAGGCACAGCGCGCAGGGGUCCGCCACAUCCUGAACCUGGGGCAUGGCAUCAUGCAGGGCACGCCAGAGGAUGCUGUGGCGCACCUGUUCCAUGAGGCCAAGAACCUGCAACUUUGA